AGGAAGGGCUGAUAGCUUAAAAUUGGACCCCUCUUCCUGGACGGAUGGCUAUCUAGCUAGCUAGGUUAAAUUUUCAUAUUAGAAAAAUGGCGGCGGGUAGCGUCAACCCGUUUUAUCUGAGCGAUUCCGAAGAUGAGGCAGAGCAGAGACCAGAGGACGGGUUUGAUGCCGAAGGGAGCCUUAGCGAUGGAGCGCCAGGGCUCCCGUCCAACAACCCCUUCUCCCCGCAGGCGGACGCCGAGCCCCCGGCCCUUCUGCUGUCCAGCACCCGGACCAGCCCAAGUGUGGAAGGCAUCUCGGCAGCUGCCGCAAUGGCAAGCGGCUUGGCAGAGACUCGGGUAUCUGUAGAUGUGAUUGCUGCUCAGCUAAUACGGGAUCAAUACAUCCUCACCGCUCUUGAAUUUCAUACCGAAUUGUUGGAGUCAGGGAGGGAGCUUCCCCGGUUGCGGGAUUAUUUCUCCAACCCGGGCAAUUUCGAGAGGCAAAGCGGCACUCCACCAGCUUGUAAAGACCAAGGACUGGGGCCAGGUGGACCGCUAAACCGAGCGGGCAGCAUCAGCACGUUGGACUCUCUGGACUUCGCCCGUUACUCUGACGACGGGAACCGGGAGUCGGACGAGAGGGUGGCAGUGCUGGAGUUUGAGCUACGGAAAGCCAAGGAGACCAUUCAGGCUCUACGCGCCAACUUGACUCAGGCAGCAGAGGGUGACACUCAGGAGAGAAACAAGAACUACAAAUCAGAUCCUGAGAUUCAGGAACCUAUCCGCCCACUGGAGAAGCGAGCCUUAAAUUUUCUUGUGAAUGAAUAUUUAUUAAAGAAUGAGUGCAAACUGUCGGCCAUCACAUUCUCUGAUGAAAAUGAUGACCAGGACUUUGAGUUGUGGGACGACGUGGGCCUGAACAUUCCGAAGCCUCCCGACCUAUUACAGAUCUACAGGAACUGUGGCUCCGCCCUUCCGUCGCCACGGGAUACAGUGGAUGUAUCCGUGGGGGUGGAGUCAGGCGAGCUCACUGGGAACUACAUUGUCCAGAAACCUGAUCUCUUGCAGCAGCAGCAGACUGAGAUGGUUGAGGAGUUCGAGUAUCAGAUCAGUCUACUGAACGAGGAAAAACAGAGUCUGGCUGACCAGGUCAAGAAACUACAGAGUGAGAUCCAAAGCCUGAGAAGGACAGUGUCCCCCCCUCCUCCUGACCAGGGCUCACAUCUCAACUCCCUCUCCUCCUCAUCCACACCUCCCCCUCCCCGGCCCCCCCUGGACAACGGUCAGUACCUGGACAUCAGGAGAGCCUCAGAACCUGACAAGCCACACACUGAGAGCAACCCCCCCACUCAGACCGUCAGUUCCCCUACACACACCUCUACACAACCCCAUGCCAAGCUAAAGUGCAGAGGGACGGUGGUGUUUGACCAGCCCAACAGGAAGUUGUCACCAGCGUUCCAGCAGGCCCUGUUGUCCUUUUGUAAGAUGUCAGCUGACAGUCGUCUGGGGGCAGAGGUGUCGAGGAUAGCAGACAAUGAGGAGAGUGUGAUGCUGAUGUUGGGUCGCUGUCUCCCUCACAUCGUCCCCAAUGUCCUCCUGGCCAAACGAGAGGAGUUGAUUCCUCUCAUCCUGUGUACGGCGUGUCUCCACCCAGAGCCGAAAGAGAGAGACCAGCUCCUUCACAUCCUCUUCAAUCUCAUCAAGAGACCUGACGACGAACAGAGGCGGAUGAUCCUAACAGGUUGUGUGGCGUUUGCCAGACAUGUUGGACCUACCAGAGUUGAGGCUGAACUCCUACCACAAUGCUGGGAACAGAUCAACCAUAAGUAUUCAGAGAGAAGGUUGUUGGUAGCAGAGGCCUGUGGAGCCUUAGCACCUUACCUGCCUAAGGAGAUACGUAGUUCCCUGGUGUUGUCCAUGCUGCAGCAGAUGCUGGCUGAAGACAAGGCAGACAUGGUCAGAGAGGCUGUGGUCAAAAGCCUCGCUAUCAUCAUGGGAUACAUCGACGACCCUGACAAGUACUCCCAGGGUUUUGAGUUGAUGUUGUUGUCCCUCGGUGACCCAUCGGAGAGGGUGGUCAGUGCUAUCCACCAGGUGUUCAUCCCAGCAUUCGCUGCCUGGACCACAGAGCUGGGAAUCCUCCAGACCACUCUCUUCCCCUCUCUGCUGGCCCGCAUAGAGAAACUACUCAAGGGUGAACAUGGUCUUGAUGAACACAAGCUCCACAUGUUCCUGUCGGCCCUCCAGUCUCUCAUCCCUCCUCUGUUCUCUGUGGUGAUCCAGAACGCUCCCUUCACACACAGAGUUAACCUGCAAGGAGACAUCCCCCCCAUAGAGGUGACGCGGUUCCCUCGGCCAGCGUCUCCUCUUCAGGAUGUAGCGACUGUCGUGGGCAGCCGGGAGACGCUGAGCGGCCUCCUCAUCCUCUAUGAUUACCAGCUAGAACAUGAGGGCACUACGGGCUGGGACAGUAUGCUGUGGGUGGUCAAUCAACUUCUUCCCCAGCUGAUAGAGAUAGUAGGUCGUAUUACUGUAACCUCCACUACGUGUGUCCAUGAGUUCUCACGCUUCUUCUGGAGACUCUGCCGCACGUUUGGCAAGAUCUUCACUAACACUAAGGUAAAACCACAGUUCCAGGAGAUCCUACGGCUCUCUGAAGAGAAUGUUGAUGCUUUAACCGGGAAUGCUGUCCUGAUCAAGGCUACAGUUCCAGUCUAUGCUACAGGUGUACUGACAUGCUACAAUCAGGAUGAGGAUCGUAAGCUGCUGGUUGGUUUUCUAGAGGACGUCAUGACGACCCUGUCUCUCUCCCACGCCCCCCUGGACAGCCUCAAAGCCUCCUUCAUAGAGCUGGGAGCUAACCCAGUGUACCAUGAAUUGUUACUGACAGUGCUGUGGUAUGGGGUGGUCCAUACCUCGGCUCUGGUCCGCUGUACCGCUGCAUGCAUGUUUGAGGUACGACACCCUGCCGCAACACACCACACGCACGUCAACUCACUGAACAAAAAGCUUUAUAUUCUAGUGGCUAAUGUCAGACCAUGGAUUCUAAAGGGUUUUCAGUUGUAUUAUGCAAACAGAGCUAUACUGGCCAGAAGCCACUUCCCUUCCCAGAGCCAGAGCCACUUCCCUUCCCAGAGCCAGAACCACUUCCCUUCCCAGAGCCAGAACCACUUCCCUUCCCAGAGCCAGAACCACUUCCCUUCCCAGAGCCAGAACCACUUCCCUUCCCAGAGCCAGAACCACUUCCCUUCCCAGAGCCAGAACCACUUCCCUUCCCAGAGCCAGAACCACUUCCCCUAA